CGCUGUGAUUGGCACUUCUAAAACGAAGCUUCUUGGAGAGAAAACAAUUUUAGUGUAAAUUCGAAGAAUUUUUUGUGUUUUGGCGCAUUUGCAAUUGCAAAGGUAAAAUAUGGUUGACGACGACGAAGAAAUACCACACCGUGCGCCAGUGCCGACGGCGCACAAAGAGGAUACGGCAUUCCUUCAAUUCAUCGAGAUGGAAAACUUCAAGUCCUACCGCGGCCACAUUGUUGUUGGUCCCCUCAAGCAAUUCAAUGCUGUUAUUGGUCCCAAUGGUUCGGGUAAAUCAAAUUUCAUGGAUGCCAUCAGUUUUGUGAUGGGUGAAAAGACGUCCAGUUUGCGUGUAAAGCGUCUCAACGAUCUAAUACACGGCUCCUCAAUUGGCAAGCCCGUGGCGCGCAGUUGCUAUGUGACGGCCAAAUUUAUCAUUGAUGGCGGAAAGAAUAUGGAUUUUCAGCGCGCUGUUAUAAGCGGCUCUUCAGAGUAUCGGAUUAAUGGAGAAAGCGUCUCGAGCAACACAUACUUGAAUAAACUGGAAAAACUGGGCAUCAAUGUGAAGGCAAAGAAUUUUCUCGUUUUCCAAGGUGCUGUAGAAAACAUUGCUAUGAAGACGCCCAAGGAACGCACAGCACUUUUUGAGGAAAUUAGCGGCUCGGGUCUGCUAAAGGAUGACUACAAUCGUCUGAAACAGGAGAUGAUUGUGGCGGAGGAAGAGACACAAUUUACAUACCAGAAGAAGAAGGGCAUUGCCGCCGAGCGCAAGGAGGCCAAGCAUGAGAAAAUGGAGGCGGAGCGCUAUACACGAUUGCAAGAUGAAUAUAACGAAAAACAAGUGGAGUAUCAACUAUUUCGGCUGUUUCAUGUGGAGAAGGACAUACAGAAGUACAACGCGGACUUGGAGGUGAAGCAACAGGAGCUGAAAGCUGUGGAACAGCGAAAAGAAGCAGCCGACGAAGUGCUGCGCGAGAAGAAGAAGGAUGCAGGCAAAAUAACACGAGACUUGGCCAAAAUCGAUCAAGAAAUACGCGAGUUUGAGACACAAUUGAAUAAGCGUCGACCACUGUACAUAAAAGCCAAGGAGAAGGUUGCGCAUUGCAAAAAGAAGCUGGUAUCCUUACAGAAAACUUUAGAGACGGCACGCGAAGCAGACAACGCACAUCAGCAGGAUAUACAGAAACUGGAGAAGCAACUGGCCGAUGUGGAGGCACUCAAGAAGCGUUUCGAGGAUGAGAUCGAGAACGAAUCGCAGCGACGUGGUAAAAGUGUCAAUAUGGAGGAAGGGCUUGUGCAGGAAUACGAUCGCCUUAAGCAGAAGGCUGAAGCAACCGCCACACAGUAUCGCUCCGAGUUGGACUCGGUGAAUCGUGAACAAAAAUCCGAACAGGAUACGCUGGACGGUGAAACAAAUCGUCGGGCAUCUGUUGAGGAAUCGUACAAAAAGUUGUCGCUGCAACGCGAGGAGGCAGUGAAGCGUCGCGACAAGCUGAUGGAUCACAUCAAGUCGUCACAAGCAGCCCUCGAAGAACAGAAUCGCAUCAAGGAUGAGUUGCGACGCGAUGUUGGCAGCUCCAAGGAGAAAAUUGCCGAAAAGCAACGCGAGCUGGAAAAUGUGCGCGAUCAGUUGGGCGAUGCCAAGAGCGACAAGCAUGAGGAUGCUCGUCGUAAAAAGAAGCAGGAGGUUGUCGAGCUGUUUAAAAAGCAAGUGCCGGGCGUUUACGAUCGCAUGAUCAACAUGUGUCAGCCGACGCACAAGCGGUACAACGUGGCCGUCACCAAGGUGCUGGGUAAGUUCAUGGAAGCCAUCAUUGUGGACACGGAGAAAACAGCGCGUCAUUGCAUUCAGAUCUUGAAGGAAAAAAUGCUAGAGGUGGAGACCUUUCUGCCGCUGGACUAUUUGCAAGUGAAGCCCUUGAAGGAGCGUCUGCGCAACAUCAGCGAACCGCGCAACGUUCGCUUGGUCUUCGAUGUGCUCAAGUUCGAACCGCAGGAAAUUGAACGAGCCGUGCUCUUUGCCACUGGCAAUGCGUUGGUCUGCGAGACGCCUGAAGAUGCCAUGAAGGUGGCAUACGAAAUCGAUCGAUCACGCUUUGAUGCUCUUGCCUUGGAUGGCACAUUCUAUCAAAAGUCCGGCCUUAUUUCGGGUGGCAGUCACGAUUUGGCACGCAAGGCGAAGCGUUGGGAUGAAAAGCAUAUGGCUCAGCUCAAGAUGCAAAAGGAACGGCUCAACGAGGAGCUCAAGGAGCUGGUGAAAAAGUCGCGCAAGCAAAGCGAGUUGGCGACAGUCGAGUCGCAGAUCAAGGGUUUGGAGAAUCGCCUCAAGUACAGCAUGGUUGACUUGGAGUCAUCGAAGAAGUCCAUUAGCCAGUACGAUAAUCAGCUCAAUCAGGUGCAAAUUCAGCUGGAUGACUUUGGACCCAAGAUCAGCGAGAUUGAGCGUCGUAUGCAGGAUCGCGAAGAGCACAUACAAGAGAUCAAGGAGAACAUGAAUAAUGUGGAGGACAAAGUGUUUGCCGCUUUCUGUCAUCGCCUGGGCGUGAAGAACAUUCGACAGUACGAAGAGCGUGAGCUUGUCAUGCAGCAGGAGCGGGCACGCAAACGUGCCGAGUUUGAGCAGCAAAUCGAUGCGAUCAACACUCAGCUGGACUUUGAGAAGCAAAAGGAUACGCGAAAGAACGUUGAGCGUUGGGAGCGCAGCGUACAGGAUGAGGAGGAUGCCCUGGAGGGUUUAAAGACAGCCGAGGCGCGUUAUCUGAAAGAAAUGGAUGAGGAGAAGGAGAAGAUGGAAAAGUUCAAGCAAGAGAAGCAAGCCAAGAAGCAGGCUGUCGAUGACAUGGAAGAGGAUAUUUCCAAGGCGCGUCGUGAUGUCGCCAAUUUGGCCAAGGAAAUACACAACGUGGGCAGUCAAAUGUCGUCUUCAGAGUCCAAGAUCGAAGCGAAGAAAAACGAGCGUCAAAACAUUCUGCUGCAAGCCAAGACGGACUGCAUUGUGGUGCCGUUGCUGCGUGGAUCUCUAGACGAUGCAGUGCGUCAAAGUGAUGCGGAUAGUGUUGAGCCAUCGACUUCAAUGAUGAACGACAAUCUCAUCGAGGUGGAUUAUCGUUCAUUGCCGCGUGAGCUCUGCAAGUUGAAGGACGAUUCUGCCUUCAAGAAAACGAAUGAACAGCUGCAAAAGGAUCUUCAGAGCAAACUGGAUGUUCUAGAGCGUAUUCAAACGCCCAAUAUGAAGGCUAUGCAGAAACUGGAUCUGGUGACAGAGAAAGUGCAGUCCACCAAUGAAGAGUUUGAGAACGCACGUCGAAAGGCCAAGAAGGCCAAGGCAGCAUUCGAGAAAGUGAAGAACGAGCGUUCCUCACGCUUUGUGCAGUGCUGUCAGCACAUCUCUGAUGCCAUUGAUGGCAUCUACAAGAAGCUUGCUCGCAAUGAGGCCGCUCAGGCAUACAUUGGACCCGAUAAUCCCGAGGAGCCGUAUCUCGAUGGCAUCAACUACAAUUGUGUGGCGCCCGGCAAACGUUUCCAGCCCAUGAGCAAUCUGAGUGGUGGCGAGAAAACUAUUGCUGCUCUCGCACUGCUUUUCUCCACACACAGCUAUCACCCGGCACCGUUCUUUGUGCUCGACGAGAUUGAUGCUGCGUUGGACAACACAAACAUUGGUAAAGUCGCCUCUUACAUUAGGGAUCAUACCACCAAUUUGCAGACAAUUGUUAUCUCCCUCAAGGAGGAGUUCUAUGGCCAUGCUGAUGCCCUGGUCGGCAUCACACCGGCGGAAGGGGACUGUCUCAUAUCCAACGUCUAUAUAAUUGACCUGACGUGCUACGAGGACAAAUGAAGGGUUAACUUUCAUUGGAAUGUAGAAUAAGUUUGUAAUUUAUAAUUAGUCCACACGGCAGGCGAAAAGUUUCGAUAUCCAAUUAAUAAAACCCUUUUUGAUUUCAAUUCUCAGAAUUCCCAAUCUAA